AUGGGCUUGUCCGUCCUGGUGGCCGUGCCCCUGCUGCUCCUGCAGGGCGCGACCCCCCGGCCAGCCCCGUACGAGAUGAUGGGCGCCUGUCGCAUGGUCUGUCACCCCUACGCCCCCAACGAGCCGCAGGGCGCCCCCCGGAGGGCGGCCCCGCCGCCGGGGCUCCCCCCGGCCCCUCCCCCGUCCCCGUUCGUGCUGCGGGGUCCGCAGGGCAGAGCCGGGAAGCCCGGGCCUCGAGGGGCUCCGGGCCCCCCGGGGCCUCGGGGCCCCCCGGGGCAGCGGGGCGAGGCGGGCCGGCCGGGCCCCCCGGGGGUCCCGGGGGUCCCGGGGGUCCCGGGCCCGCGGCCGGCGGCGGGGGGCUCCUCCGGGGAAGGGGCCGCCGGGCCCGCCGCCCCCGCCCCCGCCGCCCCCGCCGCCCCCGCCGCCCCGGGGGCCCCCAGGAUCGCCUUCUACGUGGGGCUGAAGAGCCCCCACGAGGGCUACGAGCUGCUCAAGUUCGACGACGUGGUCACCAACCUGGGCAACCAGUACGACCCCGCCACCGGCAAGUUCAGCUGCCAACUGCGGGGCACCUACUUCUUCACCUACCACAUCCUCAUGCGCGGCGGGGACGGCACCAGCAUGUGGGCCGAUCUCUGCAAGAACGGCCAGGUACGGGCCAGUGCCAUCGCCCAGGACGCGGACCAGAACUACGACUACGCCAGCAACAGCGUUGUGCUGCGCCUGGACGCCGGGGACGAGGUCUACGUCAAACUGGACGGCGGGAAGGCGCACGGAGGGAACAGCAACAAGUAUAGCACUUUUUCGGGGUUCCUUUUAUACCCCGACUAGCGGGGCCUUCCCCCCCUAGCCCCCCGCCUGCAGAAACUGCUGAGGAAAUGGAGGGAGUCCCCUCCUUCCCCCCCCACCCCAAAUUUGGUGUGUGUGUUGGGGGCGUCCACCUGGCUCCUGUCCUUCCUUCCCGCGCCUGGACACCCCUCCGUCUCCACCCCCGGCCUGCACCCUCCACCCCGACGGCCCUGGGGAAGGGACCCCGAAAGGUCAAAUCUCUGUGACGCGAAACGUUCGCGUGAACGUCCCCGUCCGUCCGUCCGUCCGUCCGUCCGUCCGCCGUCCCACUCCGCAUUAA